AUGGAAAAGAAACCGUCCUUAAUAUCAACAAUAAGAAGUUGCCAAUGCUUAGGCAAAGCGGACAGAAGCGGGAGGCCGCGCUGCACUGACCCCAUCAGCUGCAUCUGGCGAUUGAUUGCGCGGAGAUCGUGUAAGAGCCGCCACUUGCCAGAUUUCUUUUUGAUAACAAAGAUUGGUGUAUUCCAGGGAGAGCGAGAUGGCUCCAAAUGGCCCAUGCGGAGCUGCUCAGAGACUAACUCUCGAGCGGCAGCAGAAGAGGACAAGAAGGUGCUGGCUGCACAGGACAGGAAAAGUAGUGGUAGUGGAGACAGUGGAGGGGCUGCCCGGGGUCCCAGCUGUCGAACGGGCAGUAGCCACAGUGGCUUGUUGGAUAAAUGGAGGAUUGAUGAUAAGCUUGUAAAAAUUGGCAAGUGGGAUGGAUCAGCUGUGAAAACCUCUUUGGAUGAUUCUUUCAAAAAGACACUUCUGGAAAAGUACAAGUAUGUGGAGAAUUUUGGUCUAAUGGAUGGUUACCUCACCAUCUGUGUGAUUUCCUGUUUAUUUGCUAUCGUGGCUUUGAUUUGGGAUUAUAUGCACUGCUUUCCGGAGUCUAAGCCUGCUUUGCCUUUGUGCAUCAUAUCCUGUUUUGUGACGAUGGGGAUUCUGACCAUUUUUAGCUCCAUCUUUUUCAUGGCCCCCAGGAAAGAUCCUUCAGGGAUGGAGCCUGAUGAUAUCUGGCAGCUGUCCUCCAGUCUUAAAAGGUUCAAUGACAAAUACACCCUGAAGCCAACCUUCAUCUGUGGGAGAACAAAGCAGCAGCGGGGAGCCAAAUUCACCAAAUCCAUUGCUAAGUUUUUUGACCACAGUGGGACGCUGGUCAUGGAUGUGUACAAACCUGACACACCCGGGCUCCAUGACAGUCUCACCACAGAAAGAAAAGUAAAAUAGCCAAUUCUAAAAGCAGUCCUCUUUCUGCUGGAUCAUGCU